GGCGUCACCGGGAGCCGCUGAACCCCUCGCUCUCGCCCAGUGCUGCUCAGGAGGGAAGACUGGAGAGCCUUUGCUCCAAAGGAUAUAUACUGGAUGUCACUGGUCUGAAGGAAGAGAGAGAAAAAACCCACAAGAGAUUAAAAAAACAACCCCAGAGCAUCUGUGUAGGCUGAUGCUGGGAAGACAGAAAUUGCCUCAUUAACCUAAGAGUUGAGGAAAGACAGAAGCAAACCCUCAGAAUGGAGGAAGAAGAAUACGAGGAAGUUGUGGAGUACUACAUUGAGGAGACAAUUAUUGAGGAGGGUGAGCCACACGAGGUGGUCACUGAGAUCACUGAGACCAUCAGCACAGAAUACUCAGAGCCUGAGACCACCACAACCACCUACACAGCUGAGCACACCCAGCCCUCCAGGGAGGAUGCAGCCCCUCCCAUCAGGAAGAAAACAAUCCGGACAAAAGUGGACCCAUCCAAGUUUUUGACACCUUACUUGGAACACAGCAAUAAAAUGAAGGACCUGUUCAGUGAGAAUAAAUACAAAGAAAAAUUUAGAAAAGAAAAAGGAAAGCCAUAUGCUUCCACAAUUGAUACCCCAGAAAUCCGGAGGAUCAAGAAAGUGCAGGACCAGCUGAGUGAGGUUAAAUACCGCAUGGCUGGGGAAAUUGCCAGAACCAUUUGCCACGUGGAUGAAAAGGCCAAGGAUAUAGAACAUGCAAAGAAAGUGUCACAGCAAGUGAGCAAGGUAUUAUAUAAACAGAACUGGGAGGAGAAUAAGGACAAGUACCUGCUUCCCCCUGAUGCUCCAGAGCUUGUGAAUGCAAUAAAAAACACAGCAAUGUUCAGCAAGAAACUCUAUACUGAAGACUGGGAUGCAGACAAAACAUUGUUUUAUCCCUACAAUGACAGCCCAGAGCUCAGAAGAGUGGCACAGGCUCAGAAGACUCUGAGUGAUAUUGUCUACAAAAAGGGGCAUGAUGAAAGGAAAGUAAAAUUCACCUCUCUGCCAGACCCCCCUGAGGUGGAACAAGCCAAGAAGGUGACACGGCAGCUGAGUGAUGUUAUUUACCAUGAGGACUAUAAAAACAAAAUCAAAGGCAAGUGGAGUCAAACUCCGUGCUAUGACGUGGCAAUUGCAAAAAUGAAUGCAGAAAAUCUAAGUAUGAGGAAAUACCAGGAAGACUUUGAAAACAUGAAAGACCAAAUCUACUUCAUGCAGACUGAAACUCCAGAAUAUGAGGCCAACAAACGAGCUUCAGAUAAUGUCAGCAAGUUCAAAUACAGAGCAGACUAUGAAAAGAAAAAAGCUGUUGCAGAUUAUAAUGUGCUCCCUGCUACAGAGAACCCAUUGCUGAAGCAAUUAAAAACUGCAGCAAAUAUUCUGAGUGAUAAAUUGUACAAAGAAGCCUAUGAACAAUCCAGAGGAAACAGGAUGAAUUACUGUGAGACACCCAAGUUCCAGACUGAUGCUGCUCUGAAGAACUUUAGUGAUGUAAAAUAUAAAGAUGCAUAUCAGAAGAAUAUUUUGGGGCACUACUUGGGCAGCUUUGAGGAUCCACAUCAAAUCCACUGCAUGAAGGUUGAAGCUAUGAAAAGUGAUAAAAAUUACAAAGCAGAUUAUGAGGAGGAAAAGACAAAGUGCUACUUCCCUCAGACCAUAACUCAAGAGUAUGAAGCAAUCAAGAAGUUGGAGCAAUGUAAAGAUUACACCUACAAAAAGCAUCCUGAUCAAACCAAAUUCACUUCAGUGACUGACUCUCCAGUACAGAAGCAAGCAGAGAUCAACAGCAAACAGCUGAGUGAUAUAUUGUAUAAAUCCAAAGGGGAAGAAAUUAUUCACAAGUAUCACCUCCCUCCUGAUGUGCCCCAGUUCAUCCAGGCUAGAGUUAAUGCCUACAACAUCAGUGAUGCGAACUACAAAGCAGACUGGAAGAAAACCCUUGCCAAAGGCUAUGAUCUGAAACCAGAUGCCAUUCCAAUUAUUGCUGCUAAAGCUUCUCGGAAUAUUGCAAGUGAUUACAAGUACAAGGAAUCCUACGAGAAAGACAAAGGCAAACAGGUCGGGUACCAGAGCCUGCAGGAUGAUCCCAAACUUGUUCACUACAUGAACGUGGCCAAAAUCCAAUCAGAUCGGGAAUACAAGAAGGAUUAUGAAGUCACCAAGACCAAAUACCACACUCCUCUGGAUAUGUUCAGCGUGACAGCUGCCAAGAAAGCCCAGGAAGUGGUGACAAACACUGGCUAUAAGCAGCCAAUUCACAAUUACACCCUCCUGCCUGAUUCUGUGAACCUGGAGCUGUCCAGAAAUGUGAUGCAGCUUCAGAGUGAUAACCUGUACAAAUCUGACUUCAACAACUGGCUGAGAGGAGUUGGCUGGGUCCCAAUUCAGUCACUGGAUGUAGAAAAGGCCAAGAAAGCCACAGAGAUUCUCAGUGAAAAGAAAUACCGCCAGCAUCCCGACCAGCUCAAGUUCUCCAUCCCCAUGGAUGCCAUGGAACAAGUGCUGGCAAAGCAAAAUGCCAAGACCAUGAACAAGAGGCUGUACACAGAUAAAUGGAACAAAGAGAAGACCAGCAUUCAUGUGAUGCCAGACACCCCAGAAAUUCUUCAGUGCAAAGUGAACCAGAUGACAAUGAGUGAUAAACUUUACAAAUCUGGAUGGGAGGAGGACAAGAAGAAGGGUUAUGACUUGCAGCCAGAUGCAAUUCCAAUAAAAGCAGCCAAAAGCUCCAGAGACAUCGCGAGCGACUAUAAAUACAAACUGGCCUACGAGAAGGCCAAGGGGAAGCACAUCGGAUUCCGCAGCCUGGAGGAUGAUCCCAAGCUGGUGCACUUCAUGCAGGUGGCCAAGAUGCAAUCUGACAGGGAGUACAAAAAGGGUUAUGAGAAGGCCAAGACUCAUUUCCACACUCCAGUUGACAUGGUCAGUGUGGUGGCAGCCAAGAAAGCUCAGGAAGUGGCUACAAAUGCAAACUACAAGAACUUAAUCCACACCUACAACGUCCUGCCUGAUGCCAUGAGCAUCGAAUUGGCCAAAAACAUGAUGCAGUUACAAAGUGAUAAUCAAUACAAAGCAGAGUAUGAUGAAACUAUGAAGGGUGUUGGGUGGAUCCCACUGGGCUCCCUGGAGGCUGAGAAGAACAAAAAAGCCAUGGAAAUUGUGAGUGAGAAGAAAUAUCGCCAGCAUCCAGACAAGUUGAAGUACUCUGUUCCUAUGGAUUCCAUGAACAUGGUCUUGGCUUUAAAUAAUGCCAAAAUCAUGGAUGAGCACAAGUACAAACAAGCCUGGGAAGAAGACAAAAAGAAAAUUCACAUCACCCCCGAUAUUCCACAGAUUGCUUUAGCAAAAGCAAAUGCAUUCAAUAUAAGUGAAAAAAUGUACAGGUCUUCAUUUGAAGAAACCAGGAAGAAAGGAUAUGAUCUCAGGGCUGAUGCUAUUCCUGUCAAAGCUGCCAAAGCUUCCAGGGAUAUUGCCAGUGAUUAUAAAUACAAGCUGGGGUAUGAACAAGACAAGGGGAAACUCGUUGGCUUCCGCAGCCUCCAGGAUGAUCCCAAACUUGUCCAUUGCAUGCAAGUGGCCAAGAUGCAGUCAGACAGGGAGUACAAGAAGGCCUAUGAGAUGAGCAAGACUCAUUACCAGACACCUUCCGAUGCCCUCAGCGUGGUGGCAGCCAAGGAGGCCCAGGACCGUGUCACCAAUGCCAACUACAAACGCCUGAUCCACCAGUACAUGCUCCUGCCAGAUGCAAUGAGUUUGGAGCUGUACAGAAACAUGAAUCAGAUACAAAGUGAUAAUGAGUACAAGCAGGAUUACAAGGAGUGGUUCAGGGGGAUUGGUUGGAGUCCCAUUGGUUCUCUGGAUGUGGAGAAGUCAAAGAAAGCCACGGAGAUUGCGAGCGAUCGGAAGUACCGCCAGCACCCCAGCAUGUUCCCCUUCACCAAACAGAACGAUGCCAUGGACCUGGUCCUUGCAAAGCAGAAUGCAAACAUCAUGAACAAACAUGCUUAUACCCAAGCCUGGGAGAAGGACAAGACUCAGGUCCAUGUGAUGCCAGACACACCAGAUAUUCUACAGGCCAAACAGAACAAGACAAACUACAGUCAGAAACUCUACAAGCUUGGCUGGGAGGAAAUGAUAAAGAAAGGCUAUGACCUCACACCUGAAGCCAUGUCAGUGAAAGCUGCCAAAGCUUCAAGGGACAUUGCAAGUGAUUUCAAGUACAAAGAAGGAUACCGCAAGCAGCAGGGACAUCACAUCGGAUUCCGCAGCUUGCAGGAUGACCCCAAGAUGUUGUGGUCCAUGCAAGUAGCUAAAAUGCAGAGUGAGAGGGAGUACAAGAAAGACUUUGAGAAGUGGAAGACCAAGUUCAAUAUGCCUGUGGAUAUGCUGGGCUUCCUUCUAGCUAAGAAGUGUCAGGAGCUGGUCAGUGAUGUGGACUACAAACACAUACUGCACCGCUGGACUUGUCUGCCAGACCAGGUCGAUGUCACGGAGGCAAGGAGGGUCAACGAGCUGCAGAGUGAUAAUGUGUAUAAGUCAGAUCUACAGUGGCUCAGAGGCAUUGGAUGGAGUCCUUUGGGAUCUCUGGAAGCUGAAAAGAACAAGAAAGCUUCUGAAAUACUGAGUGAGAAGAAGUACAGGCAGCACCCAGACACUAUUAAGUUCACAAGCAUCCCAGAUGCCAUGGAUGUCGUUUUGGCAAAAUCUAAUGCCAAAAACAGGAGCGAUAUACUCUACAGGGAAGCUUGGAACAAGGACAAGACUAAGGUUCACAUCAUGCCUGAUACACCUGAAAUUUUGCUGGCUAAAUCAAACUUGAUUAACACAAGUGAUAAACGUUACAAGGUGGGAUAUGAAGAACUGAGGAAGAAAGGCUACGACCUCCCUGCUGAUGCCAUCCCCCUCCAGGCAGCCAAGGCAUCCCGAGACAUAGCCAGUGAGUACAAAUACAAAACUGCAUACAGAAAACAGCUGGGCCACCACAUUGGGGCCAGGAACAUUGAGGACGACCCCAAGAUGAUGUGGUCGAUGCAUGUGGCCAAGAUCCAGAGUGACAGGGAGUACAAGAAGGACUUUGAGAAGUCCAAGACGAGGUUCAGUAGCCCUGUGGACAUGCUGGGAGUGGUGUUGGCCAAGAAGUGCCAGGAGCUGGUCAGUGAUGCCGAUUACCGGCACCCUCUGCACCGCUGGACCUGCCUGCCGGACCAGAACGAUGUUGUCCAUGCCAAGACAGUGUAUGACCUGCAGAGUGAUAACGUGUACAAGUCUGACCUGCAGUGGCUGAGGGGCAUUGGCUGGUCCCCAAUUGGAUCAUUGGACGUUGAGAAGAACAAGAGGGCGAGCGAGAUCCUGAGUGACAAGAAGUAUCGUCAGCACCCAGACACCAUCAAAUUCACGAGCCUUCCUGACUCAAUGCCCAUGGUGCUGGCAAAGCACAACUCCAAAAUCAUGGACCAACGCUCGUACAUCUCAGCGUGGGAAAAGGACAAAACCAGCAUUCACAUCAUGCCGGACACCCCUGGGAUCCUGCUGGCCCAGCAGAACAAAGUGAACUUCAGUGAGAAACUGUACAAGCAGGCGAUGGAGGAGGAGAAGAAGAAGGGCUACGACAUGCGGGCAGAUGCCAUUCCCAUCAAGUCUGCCAAAGCUUCCCGGGACAUCGCCAGUGAUUACAAGUACAAGGAAGGGUAUCGCAAACAGCUGGGCCACCACAUCGGGGCCAGGAACAUUGAGGACGACCCCAAGAUGAUGUGGUCGAUGCAUGUGGCCAAGAUCCAGAGUGACAGGGAGUACAAGAAAGCCUUUGAGAAGUCCAAGACCCACUUCAGCAGCCCUGUGGACAUGCUGGGAGUGGUGUUGGCCAAGAAGUGCCAGGAGCUGGUCAGUGAUGCUGAUUACCGUCACCCUCUGCACCGCUGGACCUGCCUGCCGGACCAGAACGAUGUUGUCCAUGCCAAGACAGUGUAUGACCUGCAGAGUGAUAACGUGUACAAGUCUGACCUGCAGUGGCUGAGGGGCAUUGGCUGGUCCCCAAUUGGCUCAUUGGAUGCUGAGAAGAACAAGAGGGCGAGCGAGAUCCUGAGUGACAAGAAGUAUCGUCAGCACCCAGACACCAUCAAAUUCACGAGCCUUCCUGACUCAAUGCCCAUGGUGCUGGCAAAGCACAACUCCAAAAUCAUGGACCAACGCUCGUACAUCUCAGCGUGGGAAAAGGACAAAACCAGCAUUCACAUCAUGCCGGACACCCCUGGGAUCCUGCUGGCCCAGCAGAACAAAGUGAACUUCAGUGAGAAACUGUACAAGCAGGCGAUGGAGGAGGAGAAGAAGAAGGGCUACGACAUGCGGGCAGAUGCCAUUCCCAUCAAGUCUGCCAAAGCUUCCCGGGACAUCGCCAGUGAUUACAAGUACAAGGAAGGGUAUCGCAAACAGCUGGGCCACCACAUCGGGGCCAGGAACAUUGAGGAUGACCCCAAGAUGAUGUGGUCGAUGCACGUGGCCAAGAUCCAGAGUGACAGGGAGUACAAGAAAGCCUUUGAGAAGUCCAAGACCCACUUCAGCAGCCCUGUGGACAUGCUGGGAGUGGUGUUGGCCAAGAAGUGCCAGGAGCUGGUCAGUGAUGCCGAUUACCGUCAUCCUCUGCACCGCUGGACCUGUCUGCCCGACCAGAAUGACGUUGUCCAUGCCAAGACAGUGUAUGACCUGCAGAGUGAUAACGUGUACAAGUCUGACCUGCAGUGGCUGAGGGGCAUUGGCUGGUCCCCAAUUGGAUCAUUGGAUGCUGAGAAGAACAAGAGGGCGAGCGAGAUCCUGAGUGACAAGAAGUAUCGUCAGCACCCAGACACCAUCAAAUUCACGAGCCUUCCUGACUCGAUGCCUAUGGUGCUGGCAAAGCACAACUCUGAAAUCAUGGACCAACGUUCGUACAUCUCAGCGUGGGAAAAGGACAAAACCAGCAUUCACAUCAUGCCGGACACCCCUGGGAUCCUGCUGGCCCAGCAGAACAAAGUGAACUUCAGUGAGAAACUGUACAAGCAGGCGAUGGAGGAGGAGAAGAAGAAGGGCUACGACAUGCGGGCAGAUGCCAUUCCCAUUAUGUCUGCCAAAGCUUCCCGGGACAUCGCCAGUGAUUACAAGUACAAGGAAGGGUAUCGCAAACAGCUGGGCCACCACAUCGGGGCCAGGAACAUUGAGGACGACCCCAAGAUGAUGUGGUCGAUGCACGUGGCCAAGAUCCAGAGUGACAGGGAGUACAAGAAAGCCUUUGAGAAGUCCAAGACCCACUUCAGCAGCCCUGUGGACAUGCUGGGAGUGGUGUUGGCCAAGAAGUGCCAGGAGCUGGUCAGUGAUGCCGAUUACCGUCACCCUCUGCACCGCUGGACCUGUCUGCCCGACCAGAAUGACGUUGUCCAUGCCAAGACAGUGUACGACCUGCAGAGUGAUAACGUGUACAAGUCUGACCUGCAGUGGCUGAGGGGCAUUGGCUGGUCCCCAAUUGGAUCAUUGGAUGCUGAGAAGAACAAGAGGGCGAGCGAGAUCCUGAGUGACAAGAAGUAUCGUCAGCACCCGGACACCAUCAAAUUCACGAGCCUUCCUGACUCGAUGCCUAUGGUGCUGGCAAAGCACAACUCUGAAAUCAUGAACCAACGCUCGUACAUCUCAGCGUGGGAAAAGGACAAAACCAGCAUUCACAUCAUGCCGGACACCCCUGGGAUCCUGCUGGCCCAGCAGAACAAAGUGAACUUCAGUGAGAAACUGUACAAGCAGGCGAUGGAGGAGGAGAAGAAGAAGGGCUACGACAUGCGGGCAGAUGCCAUUCCCAUCAAGUCUGCCAAAGCUUCCCGGGACAUCGCCAGUGAUUACAAGUACAAGGAAGGGUAUCGCAAACAGCUGGGCCACCACAUCGGGGCCAGGAACAUUGAGGACGACCCCAAGAUGAUGUGGUCGAUGCACGUGGCCAAGAUCCAGAGUGACAGGGAGUACAAGAAAGCCUUUGAGAAGUCCAAGACCCACUUCAGCAGCCCUGUGGACAUGCUGGGAGUGGUGUUGGCCAAGAAGUGCCAGGAGCUGGUCAGUGAUACUGAUUACCGGCACUACCUGCAUGAAUGGACUUGUUUGCCCGACCAGAAUGAUGUGAUCCACGCCAAGCAAGCCUACGACCUCCAGAGUGAUAACUGCUACAAGUCUGACCUGGAAUGGCUGCGGGGCAUUGGCUGGGUCCCAAUUGGUUCCUUGGAAGUUGAGAAGGCCAAGAGAGCAGGGGAGAUCCUGAGUGACAAAAUUUACCGCCAGCAUCCUGACACCAUCAAGUUCACCAGCAUCCCAGAUUCUCUCCCAAUGGUGUUGGCCAAGCAGAACGCAGACACCAUGAACAAGCGUUUGUAUACAGAGGCCUGGGAUAAAGACAAGACACAAAUCCACAUCAUGCCUGACACGCCUGAAAUCACACUGGCAAGAGAGAACAAGAAAAACUACAGUCUGAAACAAUACAGACAAGCCAUGGAAGAUGCAAAGAAGAAAGGCUAUGAUUUGAGAGCUGAUGCCAUCCCCAUCCAAGCAGCCAAAGCAUCCAGGCAAAUUGCCAGUGAUUACAAGUACAAGGAGGGGUAUCGGCAGCAGCUGGGCCACCACAUCGGGGCCAGGAACAUCGAGGACGACCCCAAGAUGAUGUGGUCGAUGCACGUGGCCAAGAUCCAGAGUGACAGGGAGUACAAGAAGGACUUUGAGAAGUCCAAGACCAGGUUCAGCAGCCCCGUGGACAUGCUGGGAAUUGGGCUGGCCAAGAAGUGCCAGGAGCUGGUGAGUGACACAGACUACCGGCACUACCUGCACCAGUGGAUCUGUCUGCCCGACCAGAACGACGUGAUCCACGCCAAGCAAGCCUACGACCUCCAGAGUGAUAACUGCUACAAGUCUGACCUGGAAUGGCUGCGGGGCAUUGGCUGGGUCCCAAUUGGUUCCUUGGAAGUUGAGAAGGCCAAGAGAGCUGGGGAGAUCCUGAGUGACAAAAUUUACCGCCAGCGUCCGGACACCAUCAAGUUCACCAGUGUCACGGAUUCCCUGGAGAUGGUGUUGGCCAAGCAGAACGCAGACACCAUGAACAAGCGUUUGUACACUGAAGCGUGGAACAAAGACAAGACCACGAUUCACGUCAUGCCUGACACCCCAGAAAUCCUGCUGGCCAAACAAAACCGAGUGAACUACAGUGAGAAAAUGUACAAGCUGGCUUUGGAGGAGUCAAAGAAGAAGGGCCAUGAUUUGCGUUUUGACGCCAUUCCCAUUCAGUCUGCCAAAGCCUCCAGGGAGAUUGCCAGUGAGUACAAGUACAAGGAGGGGUAUCGGCAGCAGCUGGGCCACCACAUCGGGGCCAGGAACAUCGAGGAUGACCCCAAGAUGAUGUGGUCGAUGCACGUGGCCAAAAUCCAGAGUGACAGGGAGUACAAGAAGGACUUUGAGAAGUCCAAGACCAGGUUCAGCAGCCCCGUGGACAUGCUGGGAAUUGUGCUGGCCAAGAAGUGCCAGGAGCUGGUGAGCGACACAGACUACCGGCACUACCUGCACCAGUGGAUCUGUCUGCCCGACCAGAACGACGUGAUCCACGCCAAGCAAGCCUACGACCUCCAGAGUGAUAACUGCUACAAGUCUGACCUGGAAUGGCUGCGGGGCAUUGGCUGGGUCCCAAUUGGUUCCUUGGAAGUUGAGAAGGCCAAGAGAGCAGGGGAGAUCCUGAGUGACAAAAUUUACCGCCAGCGUCCGGACACCAUCAAGUUCACCAGUGUCACGGAUUCCCUGGAGAUGGUGUUGGCCAAGCAGAACGCAGACACCAUGAACAAGCGUUUGUACACUGAAGCGUGGAACAAAGACAAGACCACGAUUCACGUCAUGCCUGACACCCCAGAAAUCCUGCUGGCCAAACAAAACCGAGUGAACUACAGUGAGAAAAUGUACAAGCUGGCUUUGGAGGAGUCAAAGAAGAAGGGCCAUGAUUUGCGUUUUGACGCCAUUCCCAUUCAGUCUGCCAAAGCCUCCAGGGAGAUUGCCAGUGAGUACAAGUACAAGGAGGGGUAUCGGAAGCAGCUGGGCCACCACAUCGGGGCCCGCAACAUCGAGGACGACCCCAAGAUGAUGUGGUCGAUGCACGUGGCCAAGAUCCAGAGUGACAGGGAGUACAAGAAGGACUUUGAGAAGUCCAAGACCAGGUUCAGCAGCCCCGUGGACAUGCUGGGAAUUGUGCUGGCCAAGAAGUGCCAGCAGCUGGUGAGCGACGCAGACUACCGGCACUACCUGCACCAGUGGAUCUGUCUGCCCGACCAGAACGACGUGAUCCACGCCAAGCAAGCCUACGACCUCCAGAGUGAUGCUGUUUACAAAUCAGACCUGGAAUGGCUGAGAGGCAUUGGAUGGGUUCCUAUUGGUUCCGUGGAAGUUGAGAAAGCCAAGAGAGCUGGAGAAAUCCUCAGUGACAGGAAGUAUCGGCAACCUGCAGACAAAAUCAAAUUUACCAGCGUGACUGAUUCCUUGGCCAUGGUCUUAGCCAAGCAGAAUGCUGAGAUCAUGAACAAGCGCUUGUACACAGAAGCCUGGGAUGCAGACAAGAAGUCCAUCCAUGUCAUGCCUGACACACCUGACAUUCUGUUAGCAAAGGCCAACGCAGCCAACGUUAGCAAGAAACUUUAUGUAAAAGCCUGGGAAGAGGCCAAAAAGAAGGGUUAUGACAUGAGAGCUGAUGCGAUUCCAAUCAAAACCGCAAAGGCUUCAAGAGAUAUUGCAAGUGACUACAAGUACAAAGAAACCCACGAGAAGGAGAAAGGCCACUACAUCGGGUGCCCCAGCGCCAAGGAGGACCCCAAGCUGAUGAUGUGGUCGAUGCACGUGGCCAAGAUCCAGAGUGACAGGGAGUACAAGAAGGACUUUGAGAAGUCCAAGACCAGGUUCAGCAGCCCCGUGGACAUGCUGGGAAUUGUGCUGGCCAAGAAGUGCCAGCAGCUGGUGAGCGACGCAGACUACCGGCACUACCUGCACCAGUGGAUCUGUCUGCCCGACCAGAACGACGUGAUCCACGCCAAGCAAGCCUACGACCUCCAGAGUGAUGCUGUUUACAAAUCAGACCUGGAAUGGCUGAGAGGCAUUGGAUGGGUUCCUAUUGGUUCCGUGGAAGUUGAGAAAGCCAAGAGAGCUGGAGAAAUCCUCAGUGACAGGAAGUAUCGGCAACCUGCAGACAAAAUCAAAUUUACCAGCGUGACUGAUUCCUUGGCCAUGGUCUUAGCCAAGCAGAAUGCUGAGAUCAUGAACAAGCGCUUGUACACAGAAGCCUGGGAUGCAGACAAGAAGUCCAUCCAUGUCAUGCCUGACACACCUGACAUUCUGUUAGCAAAGGCCAACGCAGCCAACGUUAGCAAGAAACUUUAUGUAAAAGCCUGGGAAGAGGCCAAAAAGAAGGGUUAUGACAUGAGAGCUGAUGCGAUUCCAAUCAAAACCGCAAAGGCUUCAAGAGAUAUUGCAAGUGACUACAAGUACAAAGAAACCCACGAGAAGCAGAAAGGCCACUACAUCGGGUGCCCCAGCGCCAAGGAGGACCCCAAGCUGGCGUGGGCCGCGCGCGCCAUGGCCCUGCAGAACGACCGCCUCUACAAGAAGGCCUACAAUGAUUCCAAGACCCAGAUCCACAUCCCUGUGGAUGCCCUGUCGGUGCAGGCAGCCAAGGAGUGCCAGACCCUGGUCAGUGACGUUGACUACAGGCAGUACCUGCACCAGUGGACCUGCCUUCCUGACCAGAACGACGUGAUCCACGCGCGGCAGGCCUACGACCUCCAGAGCGACGCUGUGUACAAGUCAGAUCUAGAGUGGCUCCGUGGAAUUGGCUGGUUGCCCAACGACUCUCCAGAAAUUAAGAGGGUGAAGAAUGCCCAGGAUCUCCUGAGUGACAACGUGUAUCGGACCCCCAUUGACAGUGUGAAAUACACCAGUGUUGUGGAUUCCCCAGAUGUUGUUCUGGCCAAAACCAACGCUGAACAGAUCAGCAUUCCAAAAUAUAAAGAAGCCUGGGAAAAGGACAAGACUAUGAUCCACAUCAUGCCAGACACACCUGAAAUCAACCUAGCCAAGGCUAACGCUGUUAAUUACAGCCAGAAACAAUAUAAAGGAGCUUGGGAUGAGGUGAAGAUGAGCUAUGAUUUGAGAGCAGAUGCAAUUCCAAUCAAGACAGCCAAGGCUUCUAGAGAGAUUGCCAGUGAUUACAAAUACAAGCUGGAGCACGAGAAGCAGAAGGGACACUACGUGGGAGUGCCGAACGCAAAGGGAGAUUCCAAAAUCCAGUUUGCGCUGGACGUAGCCAAAGUUCAGAGCGAACGAGAGUACAAGAAGCACUUUGCCAAGCAGAAGACCCAGUGCCACCUGCCAGUGGACAUGAUGUCCAUUGUGGCAGCCAAGCACGGGCAGACCCUGGUGAGCGACGCCGAUUACCGGCACUACCUGCACCAGUGGAUCUGCCUCCCCGACCAGAACGAUGUCAUUCAUGCCAGGCAAGCCUACGACCUCCAGAGCGAUGCUGUUUAUAAAGCUGAUUUGGAAUGGCUGCGGGGAAUUGGAUGGUUGCCAAAUGAUUCCCUUGGAGUCAAGCAUGUCAAAUAUGCUGGAGAUCUCCUGAGUGAGAGAAAGUACCGCACAAAAGCUGAAACUCUCCCGUUCACUCCCGUGGCCGACAGAGUUGAUUAUGUCACAGCAAAGAAUAGCACUGAAAUCCGCAGUGAUAUUAAAUACCACAAAGAAUGGAACGAGACCAAGGCAAAUUAUACACUCACAGAUACACCACAACUGGAUAUGGCCCGAGAGGCAGCCAGAAUUCUAAAUCAGAAUUUAUACAAGGAAAGCUGGGAAAAAGAAAAAGCCACUGGUUACCUCCUGCCUCCUGACACAAUACAGAUCUCUCAUGCCAAGCACUCAAGUGAUGUCCAAAGUGAGCUGAAGUACAAAGCUGAGUAUGUCAAGCAGAGAGGUCACUAUGUGGGAGUUGCCAAGAUGAGAGAUGACCCCAAGCUGGUGUGGUACGAGCACGCGGGCGAGAUCCAGAACGACAGGCUGUACAAAUCAGACUACAACAAAACCAAGUCCAAAAUCCACAUGCCUUCGGAUGCCAUGGCAGUUGUGGCAGCCAAGGAGUGCCAGAACUUGGUCAGUGACGUUGACUACAGGCAGUACCUGCACCAGUGGACCUGCCUUCCUGACCAGAACGAUGUGAUCCAUGCGCGGCAGGCCUAUGACCUGCAGAGUGAUAACAUCUAUAAGGCUGAUUUGGAGUGGCUUCGUGGCUGUGGUUGGGUCCCUCUCGAUUCAGUGGAGCAUAAGAAAGUUAAGAAUGCACAGGAACUGAUAGACAAGAGAGCAUACACUAAAGAAGCCCUGGAGAACUUUUCCAAAUACACAAGCGUGGUUGACACUCCUGAGAUCGUUUUGGCAAAGAUGAACUCUGUCAAUCAGAGUGACCUAAAAUACAAAGAAACUUUUAACCAGGAGAAAGGCCAGUACAUUGGGUCUGAUGAUACUCCUGCUCUGCACCAUGCCAAAGACAUGGCCUUGCUCCACAGUGAGAAACAUUACAAGAAGGCUUGGGAGCUGAGCAAGCCCAUUGGAUACACUCUGGAUGAGAAAUACGUUCCACUCGUGGGAGCCAAACAUGCAAACCACAUCAACAGUGAGCUUAAAUAUAAGGAAAUAUAUGAGAAGCUGAAAGGCCAUUACCUGGCUGGGAAGGAUAUUGGUGAUUUCCCCAGUGUCAUUCAUUCCCGGGAAUUCCAGAAAAUGAGGAGCGCGCUGGCCUACAGGAAGAAUUAUGAAGACACCAAGAAAAAUGUCCAUAUUCCAACGGACAUGAUGAACCACGUCCUGGCCAAGAAGUGCCAGUACAUCCUCAGUGAUCUGGAGUACCGCACGUACUUCCACCAGUGGAGCUGUUCACCUGAAGAAAACGAUGUUAUUCACGCCAGGAAAGCCCAGGAGAUUCUGAGUGAUUCUGUGUAUAAAGAUGACCUGAACUGGCUGAAGGGACUUGGAUGUUACGUCUGGGAUACUCCACAGAUCCUACAGGCUAAGAAAUCCUAUGACCUGCAGAGCCAGAUAAAAUACACCUCUGCAGGGAAGGAGAACUUCCAGAACUUCAGUGUGGUUACAGACACUCCUGUCUAUGUGACUGCUCUGCAAAGUGCUGCCAACGCCAGUGAGGUGAAAUACAAGGAGGAAUUCCAAAAAACUAAGGACAAGUACACAACUGUGGCUGACACAGUGGAUUCAGAAAGAGUUCAGAGUUUGAAACAUCUCUAUAGUGAUAAUCUCUACAAGAAGGCCUGGGAUAAAGUGAAGGCCACCAGCUAUGCACUGCCCCCAGAUGCUGUAGCCUUGGCACGUGCCAAAGAACUGAAGCACAAUGCAAGCAUUGUCAAAUACCGUGAGGAGUAUGACAAGUUCAAAGCCCUGUACACCCUCCCCAGAGGUGUUGAGGAUGAUCCCAAUACGGAAAGGUGCCUCAGGGUUGGGAAGCUCAACAUCGAUCGUCUGUACAAAGAGACCUAUGAGAAGACCAAAGCCAAGGUGCACAUUGUCCCAGACAUGGUGGACAUCAUCUCAGCCAAGGAUGCCCAGAAGAAGAUCAGCGAGGUCGAUUAUCGCACGCGGCUCCACGAGUGGAUCUGCCUGCCCGACCUGCAGGUCAACACCCACGUGAGAAGAGUCACCGACCAAGUCAGUGAUGUGAUCUACAAGGAUGAUCUGAACUGGCUGAAAGGCAUUGGCUGCUUUGUCUGGGACACUCCCGAAAUCCUCCAUGCCAAGCAAGCCUAUGACCUCCGCAGUGAUAUUAAGUACAAAUCUAAGGCAGAAAAAAUGAAGAAGGACUUCACUGUGGUCACAGACACUCCUGUCUAUGUCCAGAAUGUGCUCAGUGCCUUGAAUUUAAGUGAAGCUGUCUAUCGUGGUGAUUACAGGCGGAAUGUCCAAGGCAAGAUGAUCCCUACUGAUAAAACAGUGGAUUUGGAGCGGGCGUAUAAUGCCAACAAAAUACAGAGUGAGAAUUUGUAUCGCUGGGCUGGUGUGAAUGCUCUGCCCACCGGGUACAGCCUUCCCACGGACACUCCGCACUUCCAGCACGCCAAACACGUCCAGCACAUCGGCAGUGAUCUGAAAUAUAAAGAAGCCUACGAACACAUGAAAGCCAAGGGCUACACUCUGGGACCUAAAGAUGUUGGCUUUGAAAGUGUGAGGAAAGUCAAUCAAGUCAUUAACGAGAGGCUGUACAGGGCAACGUACCACAAAAACAAGGACAAGAUUCACACCACCCCUGACACCCCCGAAAUCCGCCAAGUCAGAGCCACCCAGGAGGCUGUCAGCGAUCUGAUCUACAAGUCGGAUUUCUUCAAGAUGCAGGGCCACCUGAUCUCCCUGCCCUACACCCCUCACGUGCUGCACUGUCGCUACGUUGGGGACAUCACCAGUGACAAUAAAUACAAAGAGGACCUGAGGUGGUUGAAGGGCCUGGGUUGUUUCCUGUAUGACACUCCUGACAUGGUCCGUGCCCGCGAGCUCCGCAAGCUCUGGUCUAAUUACAUCUACACAAGUACUGCCAAGAAAAUGUGGCCUAAAGUCCAGGUGGUGUUGGAUACUCCUGGAUACAGAGCAGUGCAGGAACUAAAAACCCAUCUGAGUGAGCUGGUUUACAGAGCUGCAGGCAACGAGCUGAAGACAAAAUACACUUCUGUCCUUGAUACACCUGACUUCAUAAGAGCCAAGACAGGACAAAAAAUACAGAGCCAGUACUUGUACGUGGAACUUGCCACAAAGGAGAGACCCCACCAUCAUGCUGAUGGUCAGACUCAAGCCUUUACACACGCCAGGAAUGUCAAGGACAUGAUCAGUGAGAAAAAAUACAAAACCCAGUAUGAGAAGAUGAAGGACAAGUACACCCCUGUCCCUGACACCCCAGUGCUGAUCAGAGCCAAGAGAGCCUACCUGAAUGCCAGUGAUCUGCGCUACAAAGAAACCUUUGAGAACACCAAGGGCAAAUACCACACGGUGAAGGAUGCUCUGAACAUUGUGUACCACAGGAAGGUCACUGAUGACAUCAGCAGUGUCAAAUAUAAGGAAAAUUACAUGAGCCAGUUGGGAAUCUGGAGAUCCAUCCCAGACCGCCCCGAGCACUUCCACCACCGCCUGGUGACGGAUGCCAUCAGCGAUGUUAAAUACAAGGAAGACCUGGAAUGGCUCAAAGGCACUGGCUGCUAUGUGUGGGAUACUCCAAGUUUUGCCCUGGCAGAGAAGAAUAAAGUGCUCUACAGUGGGUGUAAGUACAAGGAGGAUUUUGAGAAGACCAAGUCCAAGUUCAAGUACGUGGCUGACUCUCCAAUCAAUGAACAUUUUAAAUAUGCCACUCAGCUGAUGGAUGGGAAAUUAUAUAAAGCAGCCUAUGAGAAGCUCAAAGAUAGGUACAGCGUUAUUGUGGAUGAUCCCAGGAAUCUGCUGGCCAAGUGGGGCAGCACUCUGAGCAGUCAGAUUCAGUACAAGAAGGACUAUGAGAAGAAGAAAGGCAAAUACAUCACAGUUCUGGAUACUCCGGAAUAUUUACGGACCACAAAGGUCAACAAACAGAUCAGUGACAUUAUUUACAAGCUGGAAUACAACAAAGCCAAGCCCAAGGGCUACACCACCAUCCAGGACACGCCGAUGCUGCUGCACGUGCGCAAGGUCAAGGACAGGAUCAGUGACCUGAAAUACAAAGAAAUGUAUGAGAGGAGCAAAUCUCGCUGCAACGUCGUGGCAGAUUCAGUUCACAUCAAAACUCCCAGACACGCCUACAAACUGAACAGCAACCUGGAUUAUAAGAAGAAAUACGAAGCAGCCAAAGCCCACUGGCACCUGAUUGCUGACAGGCCUGACUUUGUGCAAGCAGCCAAGUCCUCUCUGCAGCAGAGCGAUUACGAAUACAAACUGGACCGGGAAUUCCUCAAGGGGUGCAAGCUCUCUGUCACAGAUGAUAAAAACACAGUGUUGGCCCUAAAUAAUGCCAUCCUGGCCAGUGAUAUAAAAUACAAAGAGAAGCACAACAAAGCCCGUGGGACCUACCACGUCGUUCCAGACACCCCUCAGAUCCUGCUGGCUAAGAACGUCAGCUCCCUGGUGUCUGAGAACAAGUACAAAGAGCAGAGCAAGAAGCAGCUGCCCCAUGGCUCCUUCACCACCCUGCCCGAGACCAGGGACACCGUGCACGUCAAGGAGGUGACCAAGAACGUCAGCGAGACAAACUACAAGAAGAAGUUUGUGAAGGAGAAAGGCAAAUCCAAUUAUUCUGUCAUGCUGGAGCCUCCUGAGGUGAAACAUGCCAUGGAAGUUGCUAAAAAACAGAGCACAAUUGAAUACAAGAAAGAUGCCAAAUCCAACCUCCACUACACACCUAUAGCAGAUCGACCAGAUAUUAAGAAAGCAACUCAGGCUGCCAAGUUAAUCAGCAAUAUUGAAUAUAAGAAGCGUGGAGCAGCAGGUGUGGGUGUGACCAUGCUGGGACGUCCAGACAUUGAGCUGGCCAAGGAGGUGUCCAAACUGACCAGCCAGGUGAAAUACAAGGAGAACUUUGCCAAAGAGAUGGGUAAAAAGCCAAAAUAUGAUUUGAAGGAGGCCAAAAUCUACAAGACCCUGAAGGACGCCCACAACAUGGCCAGUGAGGUGAAGUACAAGGCAGACCUGAAGAAGCUGCACAAGCCCGUCACGGACAUGAAGGAGUCGCUGCUGAUGAACCAUGUGCUGAGCACGAGCCAGCUCGCCAGUGCUUACCAGUACAAGAAGCAAUAUGAGAAGAGUAAGGGUCACUACCAUGUGGUGCCAGAUAAUCUUGAACAGGUUCAUCUCAGGGAGGCCUCAGAACUCCAGAGCCACGUGAAAUACAGAGAAAAGUAUGAGAAGGAAAAAGGAAAGCCCAUGUUGGACUUUGAAACUCCCACAUACCUGACUGCAAAGGAGUCUCAGCUCAUGCAGAGCGAGAAAGAAUAUAAGAAGGACUUUGAAGAGUCCAUGAAGGGCAGGAACCUCACUGGUCUGGAGGUCACACCAUCCCUCUUACAUGUCAAAUACGCCACCAAAAUAGCGAGCGAGAAAGAGUACAGGAAGGAUCUGGAGGAAGGAGUCAAAGGGAAAGGACUGACAGCCUUGGAGGAGACUCCAGACAUGCUGAGAGCCAAGAAUGCCACCCAAAUCCUGAACGAGAAGGAGUACAAGAAAGCCUUGGAGCUGGAGAUCCGCGGGAAGGGCCUGACCGAGCUGGCGCUGGAGACGCCGGAUUUCGUCAGGGCCAAGAACGCCACCGACAUCGCCAGCCAGAUCAAAUACAAACAAUUGGCAGAAAUGGAGAAAGCCAACUACACCAGUGUUGUUGAUACUCCAGAGAUUAUUCAUGCCCAGCAGGUCAAGAACCUUUCCAGCCAGAAAAAAUACAAGGAAGAUGCAGAGAAGAACAUGCCCUACUACGUUCCUGUGGCUGACACACCAGAAAUGCAGCGGGUCCGAGAGAAUCAGAAGAACUUUAGCAUGCUUCAGUAUCAGUCAGACCUCCAGAGCAGUAAAGGAAAAGUCACAGUGGUUCAGGACACCCCAGAAAUCCUGAGGGUGAAGGAGAACCAGAAGAAUUUCAGCUCGAUUUUGUAUAAAGAAGAUAUUGGAACUGGAACCACAAUUGAAAAGACCCCAGAGAUGCAGAGAGUUAAACGAACCCAGGAUAAUAUCAGCUCGGUGAAGUACAAGGAGAGCAUUGGCAAAGGGACUCCCAUUCCCGACCUGCCGGAGGUGAAGCGCGUCAAGGAGACCCAGAAGCACAUCAGCUCGGUGUUGUACAAGGAGGAGCUGGGCACAGGCACCCCCACGCCCGUGACCCCAGAAAUGGAGCGAGCCAAACGCAACCAGGAGCAGAUUAGCUCGGUGUUGUACAAGGAGGGUUUAGGGGCUGGCACUGCCACACCGGUGACGCCGGAGAUGGAGCGGGUCCGACGGAACCAGGAGAACAUCAGCUCGGUGUUGUACAAGGAGGGGCUGGGGGUUGGCACCCCAGUUCCUGUCACUCCUGAGAUGGAGAGGGUCAAACGCAACCAGGAGAAUUUUAGCUCGGUGUUGUACAAGGAGGAGCUGGGGACAGGAACCCCCACCCCCAUCACCCCCGAGAUUCAGAGGGUCAAACGCAAUCAAGAAAACUUUAGCUCGGUGUUGUACAAGGAGGAGCUGGGGACAGGAACCCCCACCCCUGUCACCCCCGAGAUUGAGAGGGUCAAACGCAACCAGGAGCACAUUAGCUCGGUUCUGUACCGGGAGGAGCUGGGCACGGGCACUCCCAUCCCUCUCACUCCCGAGCUGGAGCGAGUCAAACGCAACCAGGAGCAGCUCAGCUCGGUGUUGUACAAAGAGAGCGUGGGGACAGGGACCCCCACUCCUGUCACCCCCGAGAUGGAGAGGGUCAAACGCAACCAGGAGAUUUGCAGCUCGGUGUUGUAUAAGGAAAACAUAGGGAAAGCCACCCCCACCCCCGUCACCCCCGAGAUGGAGAGAGUCAAACGCAAUCAAGAGAUCAUUAGCUCGGUUUUGUACAAGGAAAAUGUGGGGAAGGUGACCCCGACCCCCAUCACCCCCGAGAUGGAGAGAGUCAAACGCAAUCAAGAGAUCAUUAGCUCGGUGUUGUACAAAGAGAACGUGGGGCAGGCGACCCCCACGCCCGUCACUCCCGAGAUGGAGCGAGUCAAACGCAACCAGGAGCAGAUUAGCUCGGUGCUGUACAAGGAGCACAUGGCCAAGGGAACUCCGACGCCGCUGACCCCGGAGAUGGAGAGAGCCAAACGCAACCAGGAGAACAUCAGCUCGGUUCUUUACUCCGACAGUUUCCGCAAGCAAGUCCAAGGAAAAGCCGCCUACGUCCUGGACACCCCGGAGAUGCGGCGCGUGCGGGAGACCCAGAAACACAUCUCCACUGUGAAGUACCACGAGGACUUUGAGAAGAGCAAAGGGAGCUUCACGCCGGUGGUGACCGACCCCAUCACGGAGCGCGUGAAGAAGAACAUGCAGGACUUCAGUGACAUCAGCUACAGGGGCAUCCAGAGGAGGGUGGUGGAGAUGGAGCGGAAACGCGUGGACCAGGACCAGGAGAACAUCACAGGGCUCCGGGUGUGGAGAACCAACCCCGGCUCCGUCUUCGACUACGACCCCGCCGAGGACAACAUCCAGUCCCGGAGCCUGCACAUGAUCUCAGUCCAGGCCCAGCGCCGCAGCCGGGAGCACUCGCGCUCUGCCAGCGCCCUGAGCAUCAGCGGCGCGGCCGAUGAGAAAUCGGAGCCCUCGGACGGCACCGACCAGCGCCUGUCCUACUACAGCAACGGGGGCUUCUUCACCGCCACAGCCUCAGUGGGCUACAAGCAGGUGAAGACCAUUGAGCUGCCACAGCAACGCUCGUCCUCGGUGGCCACCCAGCAGACCACGGUGUCCUCGGUGCCUUCCCACCCCUCCACUGCUGGGAAGACGUUCCGGGCCAUGUACGACUACACGGCGGCGGACGCGGACGAGGUGUCGUUCAAGGACGGGGACACCAUUGUCAACGUGCAGGCCAUCGACGAGGGCUGGAUGUACGGCACCGUGCAGAGAACCGGCAAGACCGGAAUGCUCCCGGCCAACUACGUGGAGGCCGUGUGAGCCCAGCCCGGCCUGGGGCUGCGACACCUCCCCAGGGCCACAGCAGCAACAACUGCAGAACAAAACACACCUGGCAAGAUUUGGUGACGUUUUAAAAAGUACCUCUAAGCACAUCCUGCCUUUCCCCCGGUGCCAAACACUCCCAAAUAUCUGGAAUUUUAAACAUUUCACUACAUCACAUCUCCAAAAUUCCAUUAUUAAAGACUAACACGCUCAUUAUAUAAUUCAUUCUCCCACUAAGAAUUUUUUCUGGGUUCUAAAAUGUUUGAAUCACUUCCUUUUCCAUUUAAGCUUUGUAUUUCAAACCAGUUUAUUUGGGGAAGGAAAAGCAACCACCCCUCUCCUCCUGCUUGCUGAGCUCAUGAAUGCAUUCUGCAACUUUUCUGGGGGCAAAAGCUGUGAUUUCUUGUAAAUUAGUGAUGAAUAAAGCUGAGGUUUCUGCA